AUGGCUCAGCCAGGUGGAGAGAAGAUGACGGUUAUGCGAGAACGAGGGUCACCUGCGAGAUACAACCGUCCAUCCUCUGCUGCCCCCUGGAUGUUUCGCUGCUUUGACAGUAAGGGUCCGCCCAGUCUGCCGGGAAACGAUAGGAUCUCAUCUCUCAAAGCUCUUUUCUCUUCUCCUGUUAGGCGCAUGCAGGGGAUCCAGCCUCGUUUCUCCGAAUUCUGCACUGAGCGGCAUCCUUGUUACGCGAUUGGGGGUCGACCCAAAAUAGUUCUUACGGGCGCGAUUGGAGCAGAAGCUGGGGGCGGUUCAAGGUUGCUACAGGUUGGAAUGCAGCCCUAUAUCCCGGCGCGCGGCCAGGGGAAGGCUUCCUGGUGGCCAGUCAAGUGUUUGGCUUCCGUGCGGCUGUUACGAGCCUUCGGAGGACAAAGGAAGGCAAAAAGAGAGAAGGAGAACAUCCAUGGAUGGGAUGGGAAAUCCUGGAUCGACCCGGCCCUUUUCCCCGAACCGAUCCAAGGAACCAGAAUGAGCUUCUAUUUUCAGCCCCCAAGAAGGACAGACAACGAGGGUAAUACGUUCGUGUUGGAUACAAACCCGCUGAGAUGA